AGGAAGAGAUAGAUACAGGAAAAUUAUACAUCUCAUUCAGAGGUACAUUUGUCCAGUUGGAAGGUUCCAGAUCCUUAAUGCGGUUUCCUUUAGUCUUCUUUCAUCUAGAACUGGAUGGUAAGUUUUUAAUAAUUUGAAUUUAUUUCUGAAAAAAGAUGGUUUAUUAGUGGUUUUAUGCUGAGCGUGACUGAGUAGAUAUGUAAGUAACAUGGCAUUUCUCGGCCUUCCAGUAAGGCCGUGUCCUAGCACUAUGUAGAUUCUUAAGUCAGGGAAUCAAGGCACAGGGCCGUAUUAUUGUUCGGUUUAAAUCACAUAAGAAGAAAACUAAGCUGUACAAAGCUAGGAAACAUCUAAAGUCAGUAACUUUAAAUCAGUAUUUUCAUGCUACAAACGUGGUAUAUAUCAAUGGAAAUCUAAGGCGCAAGUUGUUGGCUAAGGUCAGAAAAUUUAAGAAAGAUAAUCAUUGGCAUAGCGCCUGGACUUUGGACGGCAAGAUAUCUAUUAAGAAGUUCUCACUCAGGAAAAACAGCCAAAAAUAGUACAUGCCGAAGAAGAUGUUACCAAAAUUAGCUAAUUUUGCCACUUUCUUUCUUCGUUUUUUUCGCCUCUGUUACUAAACCCCGAUGCUAAUUUGCGCCCCAAAAUAGGAAUCACCUCUUUUCAAUACCAUUUAAAUUAUUCACUUUCUUCCCCUGAAAGCUUGCUACCUUUUUCAGUCUAAAAUUUACAUUCCCAAAUUUAAUAAGCGGAGAGAAUUGUAGGAGGGCAUCGCUUUUUCUCUUAUCGCGAUUGAAUGCUGCUUUGCAUCUUUGCAUAAACCUUCCUAUACAUAAUUUAUGUGCAUUUUGUAAAAAGUGCUAAAAAAAUUUUUUCAAAGUAUUUCGCUUUUUAUGUUUUGUUUUUAUUUUGCUAUUGCUGUUCACCUUUACGCAUUGUAAUUUGCAUACGCCAAGGAGGGAAUAAUGAUAAAAUUGUGGAGGAGGGAAUAAAAAAAAUUGAGGAGUGAAAAUAAUAAAAUUGUGGAGGAGGAGGGAAAUAAAAAUGAAAAGGUAGAGGGGUAAGUACAACGUUCUGCGCAGUGUAAAAAAAGAAGAUGGUUUGCCUUCUUUGACUAUUUCAAUACAAUAUUUAAAGUAGUAUACUGUGUUGAAAGAUAAGCCCCAUUUUGGAUUUCCUUUGGAUUUCCCGCGUACUAAUUUGGAUUUCCUGCAUACCAAUUUGGAUUUCCUGCAUACUAAUUAAUUGCCUUCCUCCAUAUAUAAUGAAGUGGAAAGGUUUACUGAAUGAGCGUCUCUCUACUUCAAUAGAAACAAUAGGCUUGCCUAGACUUGCCCGUGAAGUAACUUGAGCCUGGUUUUCGGACCGUCUAUUAAAAGCAAAAUAGGAAUAAGAGAAGCGAUCACCUAGCAACGCGAGAAACGGCCUCCUAUAUCUUAUUUAGCGCUAAAACUCGGAUAUAUAAACAAAACACAUACAGAAAGUAGAGUUGAAAAGUCUUUAUUUCAAUUUAGUUUAUGUCUUCUUUUUUAGCUCUAAAACUCGGAUAUAUAUAAACAAAACAUACACAAAUUGGAGGUGAAAACGCUUUAUUUCAAGUUUGUCUGACUAUUAAUUGCUAGCAAUAAAAUCAGACACGAGAUACCGUUUUAAAAAAAAGAGUCAAAUACACAACGAUUUGAAAGAAAUCUAUUAAAAUAGUCAAAGAAAGCAAGCUAUCUUUUUUUAUCACGUUUCCCUCCUCAAUUUCUCUCCACCACAAUUUUAAUAUUUUCCCUCAUUUUUGUUGUUUUCCCUGCAAGCAAUUAUUAGUCGCGUGUUUAAUCAAUUGAUCCUUGUUAAGUUGUUUUAUAAUAAUACGUCAAUAUGUUCCCUUGAGGUUUUUCCUGUAGAGCUAAUUUGUAUUCAACUUUGGGCUUGUAAAAUCUCAUAAUUAACUGACUCACGGUGCGUGAAACGUUGAGACUUUCAUUUCCUCGAGGUAAAACGGAGAAACCAGUUCUGUAAUAGUCAGACAAACUUGAAGUAAAGCGUUUUCAGCUCCAGUUUGUGUAUGUUUUGUUUAUAUAUAUCCGAGUUUUAGAGCUAAAAAAGAAGACGUAAACUAAAUUGAAAUAAAGACUUUUCAACUCUACCUUCUGUAUGUGUUUUGUUUAUAUAUCCCAGUUUUAGCUCUAAAUAAGAUAUAGGAAGCCGUUUCUCGCGUUGCUAGGUGAUCGCUUCUCUUAUUCCUAUUUUGCUUUUAAUAGACGGUCCGAAAACCAGGCUCAAGUUACGGUAGUUUCGAAAACGAAACACUCGAAAACGAAGACCGAAGCACGAAGCACCCAAAACUCGAAAACGAAGCACCCAAAUCUCGAAAACGAAGCACCCAAAACUCGAAAACGAAGCACCCUAUCUCGAAAACGAAGACCCCAAAAUCUCGAAAACGAAGCACCCAAAACUCGAAAACGAAGCACUCAAAACUGGAAAACGAAGACCCCUAAAUCUCGAAAACGAAAACUCGAAACCACUGUAGAUUUAAUAAGUGCAACUUUACGUCUUACAUGAAGCAAUCCGAAUCAGGUGGAGGCAGCGGAUGCGUCCGCACCUCCAAAGUCCACAAAAUCCAUCUCAAGGUUUUAUAACCAACUGUUUCACUGAACGUUUCUAGAUAGGAUAUCCUGUAUUAAUUUUAAUAUUAGUCUCGCUAUACUUGAUACAUCUUACCUUAAUAUGCAUUUUUUCGGUACACAUACAUGUUUAUGUAGACUUCAAAACUGUCCGUCAGCAGAUUUUGGCGUAUUCAAGUACGCGUGAGCAGUUAUACAAAAGGUCUGAAACGAGGCUGAAACCGAGUGUGAGGCUCGCGCGUAUUACUCUUACGCCACGCUUUACCAACUUCUUUACUGAUUUUGAGAAAAAAAACGAUUGUUUUGCAGUCUAACAUAUUGGAUACCUAUGACACUGCGUGAUCAGAUCAGAUCAGAUCCAGGCAGAAUUUGUUCUAGGAUAACAGCCUGGGACCAGGCUCUAUGGUGGAGAAUUCGUUAUCGUGCUUGAUUCCUGCUGUAUUAGCAUUGGUCUCGUGUUUAUAAAGGACAGACCGGUUUCGUGUUUUUGGGUGCUUCGUUUUCGAUCUAGGGUGCUUCGUUUUCGAGAUUUAGGGGUCUUCGUUUUCGAGUUUUGGGUGCUUCGUUUUCGAGGUUUGGGUGCUUCGUUUUCGAGGUUUGGGUGCUUCGUUUUCGAGAUAGGGUGCUUCGUUUUCGAGUUUUGGGUGCUUCGUGCUUCGGUCUUCGUUUUCGCGUGCUUCGUUUUCGAAACUACCCUCAAGUUACUUCACGGGCAAGUCUAGGCAAGCCUAUUGUUUCUAUUGGAGUAGAGAGACGCUCAUUAGUAAACCUAUCCACUUCAUUAUCUUUGGAGGAAGGCACUUAAUUAGUACGCAGGAAAUCCAAAUUAGUAUGCGGGAAAUCCAAGGGAAAUCCAAAAUGGGGCUUAUCUUUCAAUAUGGUAUACUACUAUUUAAUCUAAUCUUUUUGGUAAUUAUUUGAAUAAAGGGUCAUUAAGUUGAUUUCUUGUGUCAUAAGAAACGUGUCUGGUUUUAUUGCGAGAAUCAAUUUAUUAGUUGCGUGUUUCAAUUGAUCCUUGUUAAGUUGUUAAUUGUUUAUAUUUUUGGUGGCUGUGUUUUUAUAACAAAACGUCAAGGUUUUCCCUUGAAGUUUUUACUGCAGAGCUGAACUAAUAUUUGUGUGCAAUGGCGGGCUUGUUACCUCUCGCGCAUAAUCAACUGGCUAACGGCGCGUGAAACGCUUAUACUUCAAUAUUUUUCAAUUUCCUCGAGAUAGAAAGAAGAAAACGGUUUUGUAAUAGUCAGACAAAAUUGAAAUAAAGAGUUUCCAGCUCCUCUUUGAGCGUGUGUUUUGUUUAUAUAUAUCCGAUUUUUGACGCUAAAUAAGACGACGCAAGCCCUUUUUCGCGUUGCUGGGUAAUCGCUUCUCUCUGAUGAUUCCUACUUUUUUCAUAGACGUUCAAAACGGGCUAAAGUUAAUUACCGGACAAGUCUAGGCAAGCCUAUUUUGCCUAUUGUAGUAGAGAGACGCUCGUUAGAAAACCUAUACCGAAUUUAUAGAUGGUUUUCACUGUGACGUCAUCAAAUUGUAAAGUCAAAAUAGCGAGGUUUUACGAAUUCUUAUUUACACUAAGUUGAAGAUANUUUAAUAUUAGUCUCGCUAUACUUGAUACAUCUUACCUUAAUAUGCAUUUUUUCGGUACACAUACAUGUUUAUGUAGACUUCAAAACUGUCCGUCAGCAGAUUUUGGCGUAUUCAAGUACGCGUGAGCAGUUAUACAAAAGGUCUGAAACGAGGCUGAAACCGAGUGUGAGGCUCGCGCGUAUUACUCUUACGCCACGCUUUACCAACUUCUUUACUGAUUUUGAGAAAAAAAACGAUUGUUUUGCAGUCUAACAUAUUGGAUACCUAUGACACUGCGUGAUCAGAUCAGAUCAGAUCCAGGCAGAAUUUGUUCUAGGAUAACAGCCUGGGACCAGGCUCUAUGGUGGAGAAUUCGUUAUCGUGCUUGAUUCCUGCUGUAUUAGCAUUGGUCUCGUGUUUAUAAAGGACAGACCGGUUUCGUGUUUUUGGGUGCUUCGUUUUCGAUCUAGGGUGCUUCGUUUUCGAGAUUUAGGGGUCUUCGUUUUCGAGUUUUGGGUGCUUCGUUUUCGAGGUUUGGGUGCUUCGUUUUCGAGGUUUGGGUGCUUCGUUUUCGAGAUAGGGUGCUUCGUUUUCGAGUUUUGGGUGCUUCGUGCUUCGGUCUUCGUUUUCGCGUGCUUCGUUUUCGAAACUACCCUCAAGUUACUUCACGGGCAAGUCUAGGCAAGCCUAUUGUUUCUAUUGGAGUAGAGAGACGCUCAUUAGUAAACCUAUCCACUUCAUUAUCUUUGGAGGAAGGCACUUAAUUAGUACGCAGGAAAUCCAAAUUAGUAUGCGGGAAAUCCAAGGGAAAUCCAAAAUGGGGCUUAUCUUUCAAUAUGGUAUACUACUAUUUAAUCUAAUCUUUUUGGUAAUUAUUUGAAUAAAGGGUCAUUAAGUUGAUUUCUUGUGUCAUAAGAAACGUGUCUGGUUUUAUUGCGAGAAUCAAUUUAUUAGUUGCGUGUUUCAAUUGAUCCUUGUUAAGUUGUUAAUUGUUUAUAUUUUUGGUGGCUGUGUUUUUAUAACAAAACGUCAAGGUUUUCCCUUGAAGUUUUUACUGCAGAGCUGAACUAAUAUUUGUGUGCAAUGGCGGGCUUGUUACCUCUCGCGCAUAAUCAACUGGCUAACGGCGCGUGAAACGCUUAUACUUCAAUAUUUUUCAAUUUCCUCGAGAUAGAAAGAAGAAAACGGUUUUGUAAUAGUCAGACAAAAUUGAAAUAAAGAGUUUCCAGCUCCUCUUUGAGCGUGUGUUUUGUUUAUAUAUAUCCGAUUUUUGACGCUAAAUAAGACGACGCAAGCCCUUUUUCGCGUUGCUGGGUAAUCGCUUCUCUCUGAUGAUUCCUACUUUUUUCAUAGACGUUCAAAACGGGCUAAAGUUAAUUACCGGACAAGUCUAGGCAAGCCUAUUUUGCCUAUUGUAGUAGAGAGACGCUCGUUAGAAAACCUAUACCGAAUUUAUAGAUGGUUUUCACUGUGACGUCAUCAAAUUGUAAAGUCAAAAUAGCGAGGUUUUACGAAUUCUUAUUUACACUAAGUUGAAGAUAAACAAAAAGUAAAUCUUUGUACCAGUUUCCAUUUCCGUAGCAUGUUUCAUUUCGAAAAUACAGCAAUUUGAACUUCCGAGUUUUCACUGUGCGUGACACCAAAACAGGAAUGCUGUCUCGUUAAAAAAAGUCUCUCCUCUUGAUUUUCAGCAAUAUAACCACUUCAAGUAUUAGAAGACAUGUUUAUGCGUACGUACGCUAGUUCUCGAGUGAAAAGAAAGAGCUUUUAUAGAAAAAGUAAACUCCAGACGUUUUUGUUGAUUUCCGGCGGCCAUAUUGGUGCACCAAAACGGUGCACCAAUAUGGCGUCUCCAUACAAAGCUCUACAAAGGUGCGUGAAACGUUUCGCCAAAUAACUCAGAAACUAUGGGCCACAAAGACCUGAGACUUGGACAAACUGUUUAUAUAUAAGUCUUUUAUAACAUUUCGUUUUCUUGGUUUCUUCCACUGGACGGUUUCCAAUUUAACUUUUUGUUGCGUGACAGUGAAAACGAUCUAUAUUAUGCAGGAAGACAGUAAAUAGACAAUUUAAUACUAGACACUGACUAGGCGCAUAAUUAGCGGUUACCACUAACACGCGCCCUCAAAGGGUUUUUUUUUUGCGGUUCAACCUGCGUUUUGGUGGACGUCAGUCAACCGUUACCAUGGUUUUUCACGCAUUGGCCCAGAGAAGAUUCCCUCUCCGUUCCUUGAGCAUUCGGAAGAAUAUGUCGGCGUUUUUGCAAUAUUUUGCUGCAGGAUCUGACACCGCUUCAUGUCAAGAUUACGAGGACAAAGAAUUUGUUGAGUGUUUCUCGGAGAAAACUCAAAUUAUCGACAUAUUUACGCACUGUAAGUUACAAACACAUAAGCUUUCUCAAUCGCUCGCAACUCGUCGAAGUUCUUGCUAGUUCUGGUUUCUAUUCGAUAACAUGAAGAAUGAUAAGUAGUAAAAUUCAUUUUCGAAAAUAGCCUCCAUUCAGAGGAAACUUUUUUUCCCUUUUCGGUGUGAUAUCUUUUGUUUCUUUGAAUUUAUACUAGCUUCUUCGCAAUUCAGUUGUCCACGGCUCCUGCGUUUUCAGACAUCAAAUAAAUAAACAACCUGAAAACCGUUACGUAAACUAUAGAGAAUGUUUCGACUAUUUCACUCAGCUCGCAGAGACCUCGUUGUUUUAACAAUGUCAUCCUUCAUCUUAAUAAAAUAAUUAAAAAAAAGCCGUCGUCGUUCGAAAUUAUUCGCCCUUCAUUUAUGGAUGAGGGAACCUUCUCUGUCAGAGCGCGUGGAAAACCAUGGAAACAGGUGAUUGACGUCCACGAAAACUCAGGUUUAAACAGACAGAAAAAAAACCCUUCAAAGGCGCGUGUUAGUGGUAAACGCUGUAAUAUUAGUAUUAGUAGAGCAGAUAUGUGCUUCAAUUGUUCACUUUCUGUUAAAAGCAUGAAAUUUGGCAUGAUUAUAGUUUUCAAGGCCCUAAAAAAGAUAGGAUAUGAUGCCAUCGCCAAAAAGGCCGUUAAGUCCGAAAAAUAAGAGUUUUUAUAUGGCGGCCAUUUUGAACCGGAAGUGAAAUUAACAUUUUCUUUAAAACGUCUGAAUUUUAGCAACUUGGAUAAGAAAAUGUCAGAAAAUGCCUAAGGCAGCUGUUUUUUCAUACAAAGAGAUAUUAUUUCAACGCAAAUUGUCUAAAAAAAUAGAAUAAAGAUGAUAUAAGUGCAGGCCGCCAGCUAGACCGGAAGAAAAACUACCAGAGUCGGAACUUUUAAGGAAUGAGCUUAUGCUAGUUUUCUUUACUUUAAUAUUUUCUUUAAAUCUAAUGUAUACACUCAAUUUACUAUUCUCAUCACGUAUAAUCCAUUACUAAACUUGAACCUACUUUGGCUAUGAUACAAAAUAUCGAAGAAGAACAGGUGAUAUCUCGGUGACCUAAUGACUUGAUACUUCAUGCAGACGAGUGCUUGUAAUCGAAAAAAGAGUUUGGGAUUGCUUUUCACGAUUGUCACUCUUCUGGGCAUAGCCCUUCUUACGAGCGUACUUGACUAGUUCCACCCUCAACUUUGUAAUUUUUGACAGUGGUGUGUAGGAGAGUCGCCACUCUCCUCUUAGAGAUAUUCAGCCCCAAUCUUGCAGACUAGGAACCGAGAUGCUUGGUACCAGUGCCCGCUGACUUCAUAUGUGGCCAGCAUGGUUCGCCGUGCUCUUGAAUGUUUAAGUAAUGCAGGCCGGGUCAAAGAAACUACUUUUGGCUUCGUCAGUUGACGGUAAAGAACUACUUUUUCUAUCGUAUAGAAGAACGUGUAAGCGAAAACAACUCCGAUUAUUUCUGGAGGUGACCAGAAGUAUUCACCUUGUAACAUCCUGUGAAUGCAUGGAACGGAGGAAGUGCAAGGCAGCCCACAGGCGGCCCAAACUCAUUACAGGAACGCGGACUUGAUUCUUGCUUGCGAGCGGUGUUGUGUUACAAACGGUUAUUUACAAAGUCUUGUUUGGGAUGUAAACGGUUUUUCUUAAAAGAGAGAAAAAAUGUUAUGUUUUUAAAUAAAAUCGACGUACCUUAUUGCCUUGUUGUAUUCUUUGUUGUUUGCCCGCGUCUCAGGCCGUUUUUCUAGUUAAUAGUGGAUCAACUCUUUUAACCCUUACAAAUUCUUCAAACUGGUCUCUAUAUAUUUCCUUAAAAGGAUAAGUUGAGAGAAUUUGAUAAAGAUUUUCUCUUAGGUGAUAAUUUUAUUAAUUCUGAAAACCUAAUCUCUUGACCUUGUAUGGAUAUUAUGAGUCAGAAGAAAAUUGAUUUUGGUCACUAUUGGGACUUAAAGGGUUAAAACAAGUAAAAAGAAAUAAUCUGUGUUUUGCUAGUUAAAUCUGUUCAUAUGUUUGGCCUUCCUAUGCUUAAAAAUGUGAAUCAUUGUUUCACAUUCUUUUUAAAUUCACUACUGAAAUGAAUUGCUUUGAAUGAGCUGCAUUUUCCAUUUUAUCCCGCUUUUACCUCAGGUUCUCUCAUUUAAACCGCUAAUUUGUAACACGGUUGACUUUUUUAUAUGACAUAAAUAUCCGGAAAAACAUAGAACAAACAAUAUUGUUGUCAUUUUGAAGUUAACAUGCUAAAUUUUGUGUACUUUCGGUUAGGUGAUAUUUACCUCCGGUCAAAAUGGCGGCCAUUUUAGUAAUAACUCUAAAAAUCGGUUUAACAGGAAAAAUUUGCGAUGGCACCAUAUCACAUAUUAAUAGCCACGAUUAGUUUAUAUAAUAAACCAUUUCAUCGUCAUUUUGGCUUAAAAAAUGCUUUAUUUUGUGUACUUUUGUUUAGGUGAUAUUUACUUUUGGUCAAAAUGGCGGCCAGUUUAAUUUUCACUCCAAAAACCAGUUUAACAGGAAAAAUUUGCGAUGGCACCAUAUCACAUAUUAAUAGUCAUAAUUAGUUCUGUCAUUCCUGAAAAUUUGGUACUUUUAGCAAAAAGUGAACAAUCCGUCCCCAAAUCUGCACAUAUCCGCCCCACUCUACAUGUAUAUACACACUCCGUGAUCUUGGUGAUUUAAGCAAUCUGAUUAGUUCGCUAUCUCGGACUAUUCAACAAUAUUCACCUUCUAGCGAUUGGAUAAUGUGUGAGCUCGCUUUUUUCCCAUUUUUUUUGAGAGCGAUCUUUUAAAAGUCGACAAAAUCCUAGGGUUAACUGUUUUUUAGGCAAGAAAACUAUGAGCUUCCAUUCAAAAUCACCAUUAAGAAUAAGCUAAGAAGUUUUCAGUUCAAACUCAUCCACAGUAUUCUUCCAACCAACCAACGCCGUUUGGAAAACGAAUGUUAAAUCUUCUCCAAAAUGGGAAAAAUGUGAUGCUUCGUGUGAAACUAUUAGCCGUAUAUUUUAAAAGUGUCCUGCCAUAAUAUUUUUUGGGAAAAAGUCAUAGCCGGAUUGGUGGAAUAGUAAACGUUCUGAAAACAUAAAUCCUAAUCCAACGGAAGUUCUUUAUGGAUACACACCUGAAUCUAACAGUUUUCAUACUUUUAACCAUUAUCUCUUAAUUUCUAGCAAGAGAGGAUAAAGGAGACAGAGAGGGCAUCCCCCAUACACAACCUAUUCCAUAGGUAAUUCGUCUCGAGUUAUUUUUAAGACCAUAGAUCCCAAGGGGGUUUAGACAACAGCCAAUCACAUAGGCAUCCCCCAUACACACCCUGUUCCAUAGGUAAUUCGUCUCGAGUUAUUUUUAGAAUCGGGAUAAAGUUACCUCGCGCACUGCGUGGAUGUUUCGUGGAGGUUCCACAUGACUAAAUGCCGUGCAAAACAUGUAAGGCGAAAGGCAAUGAAAGCGUAAAGAGAUCGAGAGCAUUUCUGAAUAUUGAAGCGAAAUGAGUCGGCGCUCACCUGGGAAAAGGAAAUCGCUAGACUCUUUGACAACCCGUGAAAUCAGUUUAACUCGAAGUUGUCGUAACCUCGGUGCUUUAAUAAAAUGAGAAAUUUCGCCGGUCUAUUGAAACCGGUCGUUUGUAUAAUAAAGCAAGUAGGACGCCAAGUGUUAUUUUUGUUGAAUAAUAAAAGACUAAUAAAAGAAUAAAUAUCAAACCAGAAAUUGCUCACUUCAAACUGUAAAUUAUAAAUGAUCCUGAGAGAAUAUUCUGUGUGUUAAGGAUUUCCCUAUUGUACUGUUAGCUCUAUACAAGAGAGGAAGGGCGAUUCUUUUUUAAUUUCCGUUUCGCUGACACAGCUUUAGCAGAAAUCUCUCUUUAGUCGUUUUCGUCGACAAAACAAAUAGCAAUAUAGCCAUAUCGUUCUCCGCGUCGUCUGCCAUUUUUUCCUGCGUCAAUUCGUGAAGGACGCGUGGCUCUGGGCGUGGGUCAUCCACGCGGAACACAUUAGCGCUAUGUGAUUGGCUGUUGACUAACCCCCCUUGGGAUCUAUGGUCUUAAAAAUAACUGGAGACGAAUCACCUAUGGAAUAGUUUGUGUAUGGGGGAUGCUUUCUCUGUCCCCUUUAUCCUCUCUUGCUAAGGAUGUAUUUCUCGUGAUACUUGCCUUCGAGAAUUAAAUGUAGUUUAACCGAACCGUUUUUGUUAUUAUGAACAAAAUAAAGGGUUUUAGAGAGAAAGGCAUGUGUAAUAUAGUUUCCACAUUUCUCAUUUUCAUGUUCAUUUGAUCAAUUGUUACUCGUGGAUGUGUUUUCUUAGCUGUACUAUUUAACUCAUGCCAAAAAACAACAAUGGCGGACUUCCGUUAUAAAUGGUUCUGAAACCAUGAAAAAUCGAUAAUAUCGAUUUGACACAGCAAUCCAGUUUAUCAAUUUUCAAUCUUCAAUCGAUAAAAAUCACUUGAUUGCUACCGAUUUUUAUCUUUUGACUACUCCGGGAUUAAAAAAGUAGGAAUAAGAGGAGCGAUCACCUAGCAACGCGACAAACGGCGUAUGCCCGGGGGAGGGGUUACUUGGGUUAAGUUUUGCUGGGUAUGUGCCGCUGGCCUCUCAGAGCCCCUACCCCAUUAUAGACUAUUCUGUGGCCAAUUAGAGACCCCAUCUUAGUCACUUUUGGGCAAAUACGUAAAUUUUGCGAUCCCAACCUAGUCACUUUUAUUUAUGUAACUAUCCUAUAUUGAAUGAAGAACACCUUACUUUUCACCUACAGUACAAACAUUCUGGUACGUUUACUAACCGCAAAUAUGAAUAACUGUCUGACCCAAAAAUCAGAAAAUGUACGAUCUCAAUCUUGUAACUCUGUUGAAAAUGCGACCCCAUCCAGCGGCACAUCCCCAUCAGCCUCUUAUAAGGAAGUAACCUCAUCUAAGCGCUCAACAGAAAUUGCUUGCAUUCGAUCUUCUGCCUUGUAAAAAUGUAACAGGUUAUGCGUAUGAAUCUGGUAAAUAAAGGCACUUCUUCUUCUCGUAAAUGUAUUUCUAAGACUUGUGCUUCUUAUUGUCUACCUCCAUGUAGCUCUAAAGAAUUUGCUACGAGAAAAGAGGAAACAGAAGUCAAGAAAGAAUGAUGCAACGAUAAAAACCUUUCUUCAUACAUCAAGGACCGGGACCUUCAAGAAGCGAUAAGACUUGCUAUAUUAGAACUUUAAAAGAUAAAAAAUGACAGAGGGAAUAUUAAAAAAUAUAGAUGACCUCGAAAAGCAUCUUACAAAAGCCAAAACGAAUAACAACAGAACAGAGGAAGGAAAUACUUACAAAAGCCUCGGCAACGCUUAUUUCUCCCUUAGCGACUUCCAAAGAGCAAUAUAUUACCACCACAAACACCUCAGCAUUGCCCAGGAAGUCGGCGACAGGGCCGGAGAAGGAAGUGCCUAUGGCAAUCUCGGCAAUGCUUAUCACUCCCUCGGCAAAUUCCAAGAAGCAAUAAAUUACCACAACCAAGACCUAAGCAUUACUCAGGAAGUCGGUGACAGGGCCGGAGAAGGAAACGCCUAUGGCAAUCUCGGCAUUGCUUAUCGCUCCAUCGGCAAAUUCCAAGAAGCAAUAAAUUACCACAACCAAGACCUGACCAUUGCCCAGGAAGUCGGCGACAGGGCCGGAGAAGGACGUUCCUAUGGCAAUCUCGGCAAUGCUUAUCAGUCACUCGGCAAAUUCCAUGAAGCAAUAAAUUACCACAACAAAAACCUGAGCAUUGCUCAGGAAGUCGGCGACAGGGCCGGAGAAGGACGUGCCUAUGGCAAUCUCGGCAAUGCUUAUCAAUCACUCGCCAAAUUCCAAGAAGCAAUAAAUUACCACAACCAAGACCUGAGCAUUGCCCAGGAAGUCGGCGAUAGGGCCGGAGAAGGACGUGCCUAUGGCAAUCUCGGCAAUGCUUAUCAAUCACUCGCCAAAUUCCAAGAAGCAAUAAAUUACCACAACCAAGACCUGAGCAUUGCCCAGGAAGUCGGCGACAGGGCCGGAGAAGGACGUGCCUAUGGCAAUCUCGGCAAUGCUUAUCAAUCCCUCGCCAAAUUCCAAGAAGCAAUAAAUUACCACAACCAAGACCUGAGCAUUGCCCAGGAAGUCGGCGACAGGGCCGGAGAAGGACGUGCCUAUGGCAAUCUCGGCAAUGCUUAUCACUCCCUCGGCAAAUUCCAAGAAGCAAUAAAUUACCACAACAAAGACCUGAGUAUUGCCCAGGAAGUCGGCGACAGGGCCGGAGAAGGACGUGCCUAUGGCAAUCUCGGCAAUGCUUAUCACUCCCUCGGCAAAUUCCAAGAAGCAAUAAAUUACCACAACAAAGACCUGAGUAUUGCCCAGGAAGUCGGCGACAGGGCCGGAGAAGGACGUGCCUAUGGCAAUCUCGGCAAUGCUUAUCACUCCCUCGGCAAAUUCCAAGAAGCAAUAAAUUACCACAACAAAGACCUGAGUAUUGCCCAGGAAGUCGGCGACAGGGCCGGAGAAGGACGUGCCUAUGGCAAUCUCGGCAAUGCUUAUCACUCCCUCGGCAAAUUCCAAGAAGCAAUAAAUUACCACAACCAAGACCUGAGCAUUGCCCAGGAAGUCGGCGACAGGGCCGGAGAAGGACGUGCCUAUGGUAGUCUCGGCAAUGCUUACUACUCCCUCGACAACUUCCAAAAUGCAUGGGUGUGUUACAAACAGCACCUGAGCAUUGUCAAGGAAGUCAGUGACAGGGCCGGAGAAGGACUUGCCUAUGGCAAUCUGGGCAUGGUUCAAUACUCCCUCAAAAGCUUUCAACAAGCAAUAGAGUAUCAAAAGAAACGCCUGAGCAUUGCCAAGGAAGUCGGCAACAGGGCUGGAGAAGGACUUGCCUAUUGCAGUCUCGGCAUGGCUUAUAAGUCUCUUGAAGAGUUUCAACAAGCAAUAGAGUACUUAAGGCAAUAUCGGAGCAUUGCUGAGGAAGUCGGUAACAAGUUCCUUGAAGGAGACGCAUAUUGCAGGCUGGGAGAAUGUCUUUUAAAGUUAGGUUGUUGGAAUGAAGCUUUAUUUCAUUUUAUAACCAGCGUAGAAAUCCUUGAUGCUAUCAGGGCCAGUUGCAUUUCGGAAGAUGUACUGAAAAUAAGUUUUCGUAAUCUUUGUAAAGGUGCCUACACUUGGUUGUGGCAAGUUCUAAUAAAGCUUCAACUGACGGAUGAGGCUUUAUAUGCUACCGAGAAGGGACGAGCACAGGCCUUAGUAGAUGCGUUGAAAAUGAAUUAUGGCUUAACAUCCCUUUCGCUCCUGAAGUCAAAUGAAUCUGAAGAAGAACUCACAAUUAUUUUAAAGAAGAUAUCUGUUUCGACAGUUUUUCUGGCAGUUCAAAAAGAAACAAUCAAUAUGUGGGUCCUGAGGAAGGAAAGGAAAGCUAUUUUUAGGCAAGCGGAGCUUAAAGUUGAAGGUGUACACGAAGAUUCUUCUGCUGUACUUUUAAAAACUACUUUGAAAAACAUUAGGGCUGGCGUCGAUGUUCGGUGCGAGAAUCGGUCAUUGGAUGAGCGAAAGGAUAACCAAACUUCCAGUACUGAAAAGGAUGAUCAAACAUCGCAGCUGUCGCACGAUACUAUCGACUGUUUGAAGCCACUGUAUGAUGCAGUCAUUGGACCCAUUGAAGACUUGCUUGAUGGUGAUGAACUCAUUGUAGUCCCUGAUGGCGCUUUGUCCUUAGCUCCUUGGGCCGCGCUAAGUGGAUCUUUAAGGAUCCGCACAGUUCCCUCACUGACAAGUCUGAAAUUAAUCAUAGAUUCACCAGAUGAAUACCACUGUAAAAGUGGCGCCCUGCUUGUUGGAGAUCCAUGUCUGAAGAAAGUUACGAAUAAAGGGGGUUAUCCUAUUUAUGAUCAACUGGAAUACGCAAAAAAGGAAGUGGAGAUGAUUGGAGAAAUUCUUAAGUGCCAACCACUGACGGGAGAGGCAGCGACCAAAAAAGAAGUUCUUCGCAGAAUAAAUUCAGUUGCUUUGGUUCACAUUGCAGCACACGGAAGUAAAGAAACUGGUGAAAUUGCUUUGGCUCCAGACCCUUGCUGGGAAUCCAAGAUUCCUGAGGAGGAGUAUUUUUUGAGAAUGUCCGAUAUACAAGCUGUUAAACUGAGAGCCAGGCUGGUUGUCCUUAGUUGCCCUCAUAGUGGUCAAGGAGAGGUCUCGUCUGAGGGUGUGGUCGGUAUUGCUCGGGCUUUCUUGUUUGCUGGUGCUCGUUCCGUGGUGGCGACACUCUGGGCAAUUAAUGACGAAUCAACCCUGGAGUUUAUGAAAAGUUUUUACCAACACCUAAGGGGUGGAGAAAGUGCUAGUUCUGCUCUUCAGAGGGCCAUGAAAUGUCUCCGGGACUCGGACAAGUAUUCUGCCCCAAAGUACUGGGCUCCAUUUGUACUGAUUGGUGAUGACGUUACGAUUGAAUUUGAUGAAAGUAACCGCAAAAGUCGUAAGUAG